UCCCCCCUUUAAUACCCACCCUGGAUACAGGCAAGAGUGCACACACCGACAGAUACACUCAAGCUCCCUUCUCCCACUCUAACGCUACCCUUCCAUAUCCUCUCGUCUCCUCCAGUGGAUUUGAGCCCGCUGUUCGCGUGCAACAUCGUCAAAAUGUCUGACAAGCCUGAUAUGACUGAGAUUUCCCGUUUUGACAAGACAAAGCUGAAGAAGACGGAGACAAAAGAAAAAAAUCCUCUACCCACCAAAGAGACUAUUGAGCAAGAGAGAAAAGGAGAUGCCACACCUUGACUGCUAAGCACAUGAAGAAAAGAAGCUGGGAUGCCACAGCAAAAUGCACUUUCUUUUAAUUAUUACACCACUCAAAUAUUCGACUUCGGUCUUCAAAUAGGGUCCUCCUGAGCUCCCAGGGCUUUUAUCCUUUCAUGGGUUCUCUUUACUACUUGAAAGAAAAGGGUUAGCCUGGUUGCCUGUCUUACUCUGUUAGCUUAUAGCUAACAGCUCACCGAUAUUGCCAAACUGGGGAGUGGUGUUGUGAUGUAGCAUCAGGAGGCAGGUACCCAGACAAUGAGGGGAUGGGGGAGGUCCCCUAAAAAAAUAAAAAAAUGGAGAGAACCAUUGGAGCCAAACCAUUAAGAAUGUUUUCUUAAUAUUUUUUUUUUACUUUUCAUUUUGAAAUAAAUAUCAAGAUGCGGAACCUAA